AUUUAUGGCCCUGCUGUCCUCACUCACACAAAGGCUCCACUCGUCUCAUUCACUGCUGCUCGACUGACGCUGUGCCUCGGAGCAACACAUCAUGCCGACUGACGCCCAGAGCGACGCACGCUCCUUCCUUACGGAGGAGAUGAUCGCAGAGUUUAAAGCCGCCUUUGACAUGUUUGACACUGACGGUGGCGGUGACAUCAGCACCAAGGAGCUGGGAACCGUCAUGAGGAUGUUGGGUCAGAACCCAAGCCGAGAGGAGCUGGACGCCAUCAUAGAGGAGGUGGACGAGGACGGCAGCGGCACCAUUGACUUCGAGGAGUUCCUGGUGAUGAUGGUGCAGCAGCUGAAGGAGGACCAGGCCGGAAAGACCGAGGAGGAGCUGUCCGAGUGCUUCCGCAUCUUUGACAAAAACGGUGAUGGGUUUGUGGAUCGCGAGGAGUUCGGGGAGAUCCUGCACAUGACCGGAGAGCCCGUGACGGAGGAGGACAUCGACGAAAUGUUUGGAGAAUCCGACAACAACAAGGAUGGAAAGAUCGACUUCGAUGAGUUUCUAAAGAUGAUGGAGAACGUCCAGUAACAUCUCCAGCCACAUUCCUGAGACCAGCCCAAAGCAUCAGAGGAGGAACCUGCAGCUAAACAAGUUAAAUCCGGCUAACUCCGGCUAACUAUGGCUAACUCUGGCUAACUCCGGCUAACUCUAGCUAAAUUCAGCUAACAACAAACCAAAUAAACUCUCUUAAACUCUGAUGAUUGUCAUAUGUUUAACCACUUCUAUGACCUGUCCUCCCUCAGUUCCUCCUUUCUCCUCCUCUUCUUUCUCUUCCUCCCACUCUCCUCUGCCCCCCUCUUCUUACUCUUCCUCCCCUCUUCUCUCCUCCUGUGUAUCUCCAGUGAAGAGGGGGCAGAGGCUAAAAAUAUCGAUAGAACCCUUUUAAGACCAGGCCAUGUUUUCAGCUGUCUUUGGGUCAGCUGUUGUAGAAAUCUUACACCAGCUGCACUGCUCCUCCUCCCUUCUUAGUCUUGUUCCUCUCCUUCUCCUCUUUCUCUCCUCCUCUCCUCACAACUCAAGUUCUUACAAAUAAACCA